GAAGAUUCCACUCACGGAAGCAUGUCGGAUCCGAUUGACCUACAAAAGAUACAAUUCCUUGUAUCACCACAAAUGCCACAUCCUUAAAACUCUUUUGUUCUCUCAUAUACUUUAAAGUUAUGGAGAACACCCACUCUUAAGAUUGCGUGACACAGGAUGAAUUAAUGCAUCCGCUGUUUUCUGUUUCAGCUUUUUUGUUAUCCUCAGUUUUAUGCAUGAUAAAAAUUGCACGUACACGUUAUUAAACUCCGUUCUGGUUAUUAGAGCCUGACCUCUAAAGCAAGAAAGAAUUCAUUAAUGGGGAUGCUUUUGUUAUUGUUAUGUACGUUAUGCAUCUGUGGAGAUUUCAGGGUCUAUGGCAGUGUUACUACACGAGGAAAUAAGCACUUCGAAUUAUAUCCAAGCGGCCAUGGCAUUUAUAGAGAAAAUGGUGCUGUCAGAAGCCUCAAAGCAACAAAAUGCAAUUUGUUUUCAGGGAAGUGGGUUCAUGAUGUCUCAUAUCCACUGUAUAAUGCUGCUGAUUGUCCGUACAUUGGUACUCAAACAAAGUGCAGACCAAAUGGGAGACCAGAUUCUGAUUAUGAGAAAUGGAAAUGGCAGCCAGAUGGUUGUACUACUCCAAGGUUCAAUAGUAAUGGUAUGCUAGAGAGGCUCAGAGGAAAGAGAUUGAUGUUUGUUGGGGACUCCAUAAGCAGAGGUCAGUUUGAGUCCAUAGUCUGCCUUCUUCAGGCAGGAAUUCCAAGCAACAAGAAAGUUAUGGUUGAUAAGAUGCCUCUCGCAACAUUCAAAGCCCUGGAUUAUAAUGCUUCUGUUGAAUUAUUCUGGGCUCCAUUUUUGGUUGAGCUGGAAAACAAUAAAGAAGGGAAAACGAUUCUUCACUUGGACACUAUAGCAAAUAAUGGAAUGUAUUGGAAGGGGGCAGAUAUCCUGAUUUUUGAGUCAUCCCACUGGUGGGAUCAUACUGGUGGCAGUAGUGGACAAACAUGGGACAUAGUCGUGGAAGGUAAUAAGACAUAUAGCAAUAUGGAUCAUAUGGUUGCUUACAGAAAGGCGCUUAUUACUUGGGCAAAUUGGGCAAAUUCACAAAUAGAUUUCAAAAAAUCAAUGGUGUUUUUCAGAACCAUGGCACCUCGCCACUCAAGUUGUGAGAAUGAGAGGGAGCCUGUGCAGAACACAUCUGCAUACAAACCUCCAUUGCCUCCUCAGGUGCCAAUACUAAAAGAAGUUCUGAGUGGAACAAAAUUUCCUGUUGGUUUGCUGGACAUCACAGGCAUGUCCCAGCUACGCAAGGAUGCACAUCCCGCAAAGUAUGAUUCUCCCCAUCCAAGCGGUAAUGGAGACUGUAGUCAUUGGUGUUUACCAGGGGUUCCUGAUAUAUGGAAUGAACUUUUGUAUUACUUUGUGGGUUAGACAAUGCACUAAGGCUGAGCUUUCAUGGGAAGUGAUAAGAUUUAUGGGUUCCAGUACUGAUAAGUGGUGGGUACAUUGAAUCCAGUAACAUCACCUCCAUUAUCAAAGAUUGUCUAUACAUGGGGCUUUGUUGGCCCAUCUCUAUGUCUUUUCUUUUAACUUAUUAUCGCCUUUCAAUUAGGAAAGCUAUCCACAUGUCCACCUAGUUUUCUUGUAUGCUAAGUUAGCUUCAAAUAACAAUGAUUUUCUUAAUAAUAUUAGUUAGAAAUAAUAUUAUAUUGAA